AUGAGUGACAUUACAGCAGUUUCACCAUCAGAUCUUGACAUUGAUACCGAUAUUGAUUCAGGGUUCGACAUCACUAAUCUUCCGGAAUCCUUUAAACGUUUUCUCAAAGACAAUGACAUUGAUCCACGAAUCUAUACAGUCACGAAACUUCCUCGCUUCGUACGGUGGAACAGCCAUCUCGAUCAGAGCUUGUUACCAACUCUUGAUCAACUUCGCGAACAACUAAAGACACAAGAUGUCUGGAAAGUCCAGGGCCUUGAUGGCUUCUUUGGGUUUAACUUGGUGAAAAAUGGUCCACGUUUAUUUGAUAUCCCUGCGUACAAGGACCACUCCCUUUUUGGAAUUGAUUUGAGUUCUGCCGUAGCUGUUGAAGCCUUGUGUAUUGAGCAAGAUGACCAUGUAUUGGAUGUCUGUUGUGCACCUGGUGCCAAACUAUGCAUGAUUGCCAACAUCAUUGGCCAAAAGGGAACAGGAACUGUGACAGGUGUUGAUUUGGCUCCUCACCGAUUGGCCACCUGCCAAUCUUUGUUAAAGAAAUAUCGAGUUGGUGAACGAGCAAGAUUAUUUGCAGCUGAUGGAACGCAGUUUGCUAUUCCUGCACCAUCGCGUCUGGGAAGUGUUGUACUUGGUGAUGUAAAACUAGAUGAGGCCAGACCAGCAAAACGAAGAAAGACCCAAAAAAAGGCCGGGAACAUUAAUCCAUUUUGGGCUCCCAGAAUGUUGCGAUUUGAUGAUAUGUGCCCCAGUCGAUUAUACGACAAGGUACUCGUUGAUGCUGAAUGCACACACGAUGGAUCAAUUAGUCACAUAAUUAAGUAUGAGAAAUGGGGUUGGGAUACCUUUGAGAAGAAUUUUAUGGAUAAAGAACGCUUGGCCACCAUCAGUGAAUUGCAGCGCAAUUUGAUGAAACAAGGCUGGAAGAUGCUGAAAGAUGAUGGACUUAUGGUCUACAGUACUUGCUCUCUUACUAUCAAGCAAAAUGAAGAUAAUGUUGCUUGGUUCUUAGCGCACUAUCCAGAUGCAACAUUGGAGAAUGUACCAUGUGUAGAAAAAUUGGAUAUUAAGCUUGCAUCAAUCAGACGUACUGAUCUCAAAGAGGCAACACCUGAAAUUCAGGAUGCGAUACAGAAAUCGUGUGUACGAUUUGAUCCGCUUACUAGUCGUACAAGUGGGUUCUUUCUUGCAAGGUUCAGAAAAUCAUCCUCAACAAAAUAGAUAGGCUUAGUCAGAACGCUCUUGUCUUUUACCUUUUGUAUAUUUGGCACUUAUAUCACAAACAAACAAACAAACAAACAAACAAAAAGAAAUAAAUAAAUAAAGCUAUAAUUUUCUGAAACUUUCAUCAUUU